AAUGCAAGUGAUGGGAGGAGAGGAAGUGGUGAGGGAAAGUAACGCAGGGAGGGAGGGGGAAACGUGAUGUAAAAAGUGUAAUACAAUUCGGCUGGAUUGCCCCUCCUUAACUUUGCUCACGUGUGUGCACGCCCAUAAACACACGGAGAGGCCGGCUCGCUCUCACACACACACACACACAUCCUGGCGUCUCAUGUUUGGAGCUCUGUUGUUAACCUGGAGGGAAGCAUCAUUUCGUGUCAAGGUUGAUAUGAGUUGAAGAAGGAUUCAGGACAGGAAGACUGUCUCUGUUUUACUCAUUUGAAAUGUACUGGAGUGAAUGACGCCUGUUGAUCGCUCCAUAAAUGCAGCACUGGUGCAGGGUAAGAGGAAGAGGGACUUCUAUGUCAGAGCUUUAGGAUGGCCAGUGAAGGCUCCACUAUUCCCAGUCCUGUUGUCCGCCAAAUUGACAAGCAGUUCUUGAUCUGCAGCAUAUGUCUGGACCGCUACGAGAACCCCAAAGUCCUGCCCUGCCUGCACACCUUCUGUGAGAGGUGCCUGCAGAAUUAUAUCCCUGCCCACAGCCUCACACUGUCGUGCCCCGUGUGCCGCCAGACCUCAAUCCUGCCGGAGAAGGGUGUGGCGGCAUUGCAGAAUAACUUCUUCAUCACCAACCUCAUGGACGUGCUGCAACGGGCGCCAGGCAGCUGCAGCCAGGAGGCUGCCACUCUCAAUAACAUCACCACUGUAGCUACAGGCCAGCUGCUCUCCUGCCCCAACCAUGGAGGCAGUGUGAUGGAGUUUUACUGUCCUCCAUGUGAGACAGCCAUGUGUCAGGAGUGCACGAGUGGCGAACAUGGAGAGCACCCGACUGUGCCUCUUAAAGAUGUAGUGGAACAACACAAGGCCUCGUUACAGCACCAGCUAGAUGCUGUCAAGAAGAGGUUACCAGAGAUUGACUCAGCCCUGCAGACGCUGUCAGAGAUUCUUCAGCAGCUGACCAAUCAGAAGAGCACCAUCGAGGAUGAUAUCCACACAACCUUUGAUGAGCUGCAGAAGACCCUCAAUGUCCGCAAGAGCGUUUUACUCAUGGAGCUGGAGGUCAACUAUGGCCUCAAGCAGAAGGUGCUUCAAGCCCAGCUGGAUACCCUGCUGCAGGGCCAAGAGGGCAUCACCAGCAGCUGCAACUUCACCGAGCAGGCCCUGAGCCAGGGCACCGAGGCCGAGGUGCUGCUGGUGAAGAAGCAGAUGGGCGAGCGUCUCGUUGAGCUGGCCAGCCAGGAGCUUCCUCUGCAGCCCGGCGAGAACAACCAGCUGGACUUCCUCGUGGAAACAGAGGGACUAAAGAAGUCCAUCCACAACCUGGGAACUAUUGUGACCACCAACGCCGUGGCCUCUGAGACUGUGGCGACAGGUGAGGGGCUGCGGCAUUGUGUGGUGGGUGUGCCCACCUCCAUCACCGUCACCACCAAGGACAAAGAUGGAGAGCUGUGUAAGAUGGGUAACGCAGUCAUCACAGCUGAAAUGUUUUCACCUGAUGGCAGCAAGUGUGACGGAGACAUACUUGACAACAAGAAUGGCACUUACGAGUACCUGUUCACAGCUCCUAAAGAGGGCACUUGUACUUUAUCUCUACGCUUAUAUGACCAAGACAUCAAAGGAAGUCCCUUUAAGAUAAAGGCCACCAAAUCCAUUGAUGUAUCACCAACUUCAGAUUGCAUUAAGAAGAGGCUCAAGUCUCCAGGCAGUGGACACAUCAAGCAGAAGGCCAUCAAGAGGCCGGCCAGUAUGUACAGCACAGGGAGGAGGAAAGAGAAUCCCAUUGAGGACGACCUUAUCUUCAGAAUUGGCACAAAAGGAAGAAACAAAGGGGAGUUCACUAAUCUGCAGGGAGUGGCUGCCUCCUCUCAGGGAAAGGUGCUGAUAGCAGACAGCAACAACCAGUGUGUCCAGAUUUUCUCCAACGAUGGCCAGUUCAAAAGUCGUUUCGGCAUCCGUGGCCGGACUCCGGGUCAGCUGCAGCGUCCGACAGGUGUGGCCGUGCACCCCAACGGCGACAUCAUCAUCGCGGACUACGACAACAAGUGGGUCAGCAUCUUUUCAAGUGAAGGCAAAUUUAAGAACAAGAUUGGCUCAGGGAAGCUGAUGGGUCCUAAAGGCGUGUCGGUGGACAGAAACGGCCACAUCAUCGUGGUCGACAACAAGUCCUGCUGCGUCUUCAUCUUCCAGGUCAACGGCAAGCUGGUCACCAAGUUUGGUAACCGUGGCAACGGUGACAGGCAGUUUGCAGGCCCCCACUUUGCUGCCGUCAACAACAACAACGAGAUCAUUGUGACAGAUUUCCACAACCACUCAGUAAAGGUGUUCAACACAGAAGGGGAAUUCUUGCUGAAAUUUGGCUCUAAUGGGGAAGGCAAUGGCCAGUUCAACGCCCCCACGGGAGUGGCGGUGGACGUCAAUGGAAACAUCAUAGUGGCAGACUGGGGCAACAGCAGGAUACAGGUGUUUGAUGGCAGCGGUUCGUUCCUCUCUUACAUCAACACAUCAGCGGACCCCCUCUACGGCCCGCAGGGACUGGCGCUCACUUCAGACGGACAUGUUGUGGUUGCCGAUUCUGGCAACCACUGCUUCAAAGUCUACCGCUACCUGCAGUAGCCCAUCUCCUCUCGAUGCACAGCCUGUACAGUGUACAUAUAUGUAUAUACAUACACACAUUAGUACAGAGCGACUGGAAGAUUUUUGCGCUCAUCCUCUCACCUGUUCAUCCUUGCUGUCACUGUGCCAUCUGCCAUCCCCAACUAACACGGAGACUUUAUUUGUGGUGCGAGUGAAGCGAGAUUACCUUAUACACACACACACACACACACACACACACACACACACACACGGAUUGCUCCUGCUGAUUGGUGCUCACUGGAGACCUCGUUCAAUUUUCAUCUUAAUGUGGGGGAUUUGGAAAAGUUUUAAUGUGGUUUUGCCACAUGGCAGAACUUUGAAACUGAAAAAAAAAAUAAAACCCCCAAAACUUCUGCACUUGUUCCUAAAAUCUCUGGCUGUAUUAAGUGAAAUCAUAAUUAAAGUGAAAGACACCUUAGUCACCUGGGAAAUAAUGAAAUUGCAUUUCUAGUAGCAGCAACUGCAGCUUCCAGCUAAAUGCUCCGAAGAGUCCUCACAGUUUGCCUAUUUGCUAUAGAAGUAGGCAUAGCAGGGUAUUUUCAAGCAUGAUUAGACCUCUUUGUGCAUGCUGUUUUUACUAAAGAACACCUUAAACUGUGCAUAUUAAACUGUUUCCAGCUGACCACCUUUAACCCUCCAAUGAUCUCUCUGUCAUCACUUUGAAAAACAGCAGUAUGCUGACAAGCGUGACUGUAUGAAUUAAGGUUACCAAACAUAAGCCACCUGAUAUGCUGAAUUCUGCUGUGUAGGCUGUGUAUGACGCCUCUUAACAUUUCAGCCGUGAUCAUGUGCGGACGCCUUGAGUUGUAGAAUCUGAGCGAAAAGCUAAAUGCUUGGAAGAAUGCCGGUAGGGUGCGUCGAGUCCCCAGCUGAAAGGUUUCUUCAUCACGCUGAAAGCAGAGGCGCAGAACUGCAGUCACCUUCACUCCUCUUCAUAUGCUCUUAUAACUUCAAAUAAAAUCUGCAGAAUGACUAACAGGUUGUGUUUUAGCAACACAAUGUGUCUAUCUUCACAAUCAAAGAUCCAAUAGAAAGUCCAACAGUUGAGGUGUGUGUUGUAAGAAUGCACUGUGGCCCUAUUAGAAAGCCUUGUUUGUCUUCAAGCACACAAUUGUCUUUAUUUGUUAUCCAGCAAUGGGUCAUGGAUUUUCUACAUGACCCUGAAAAUUGUUUGUUUUCCAUUGUCUUGUUCAUAUUUGUAAUGCCAAAUGGAAUUAAAGUGCCCACAGAAAAGAAUAGUGCUUUUGUGUAAUAG